CAACGCGCCUCAUCCACGCGUGAAUUUCUCACCGCUUCCCCACAGUCUCUCACACAAAACGUGAACAACUCGUACAAGCACCCCCCCCCCUCUCUCUCUCUCUCUCUCUUAGGCCAACAACUAACCAAAACGAAGAAGUUUCUUUCUCUCUUUCUCUCACGCUUUUGGAUUUUUCAUGCUCUCUUUCUCUGAGCGAAUUCUUCGGCUCUGGCGUUUCGAAACCCUAGAUUCGCUCCCAUUCUAAUCCACAGAGGGAGCACUGCUUCAGUUGUUGUCUUUAGCUAAUGAAAAUGGACAUAGAAGAUAAAUUUCUAGCUAAAGUUUCUGGUGUUCAGAGCCUUUCUUCCAGUGUGCAAAGCACCCCAGAGAAAAAUGGGCACUCAGAUGAUGCUUCAAGAAGUCCAGAACUCCUCCAAGAGUUUCUGAAAUCUGGUCCAAAGAAGGAACUUCUUCGAACAUGUUUUGAUAAGGAAAGGAAAAACUCAUCGAAAAGCAAAAUGACUGAACUUCAUAAGACUACUAACAAGACCAUCAAGAAACAGGACUCAAGAAAAACUUCUUCUAGUUCAAACAAUCAGUCUUCUAAAAAGCAACAUCGGAAGGGGGAAAAUCCCAUGCGACUCCCAUCAUCUCCACAACAGUCUUCAGAUUUUGGAAAUUUGAACUCAUGGAUCUGUAAAAAUUCUGCUUGUAGAGCUGUUCUAUCCAUAGAUGACACAUUUUGCAAGAGGUGCUCAUGCUGUAUCUGUCACCUAUUUGAUGACAAUAAGGAUCCUAGUCUUUGGUUGGUAUGCACAUCUGAACCUGGUCAGGGAGACUCCUGUGGGUUAUCUUGUCACAUUGAGUGUGCCCUUCAACAUGAAAAAGUGGGGGUUGUUGAUCUUGGGCAAUUGAUGCAGCUAGAUGGUAGUUAUUGCUGUGCUGCUUGUGGCAAAGUUUCAGGGAUACUUGGUUGUUGGAAGAAGCAGCUAAUGAUAGCAAAGGAUGCUCGCCGUGUUGAUGUACUCUGUUAUAGGAUAUACUUGAGUUACAGGCUCUUGGAAGGUACGUCCAGGUUUAAAGAACUGCAUGAGAUUGUAAAAGAUGCAAAGGCUAAACUAGAAACUGAAGUGGGUCUAGUGAAUGGCAUAUCUGCCAAGAUGGCACGUGGCAUUGUCAGCAGACUCUCUAUUGCAGGUGACGUGCAGAAACUCUGCUCUCUUGCAACUGAGAAAGCAGAUGAAUGGCUGGCCGCUGUUUCAAAUGCGAAUCCAAAUUGCAGAGAAGAUUCACUUCCUGCUGCUUGCAAAUUCUUUUUUGAAGAUGUAACAUCAUCGUCUGUUGUGAUUAUCUUGAUUGAACUGUCUAAUGCAUCAUCUGAUGAUAUUAAGGGCUACAAGCUCUGGUAUUGCAAAAGUAGAGAAGAGACACACACAAAAGAUCCCAUUUGUGUAUUUCCAAAAGCUCAGAGAAGGAUUAUGAUCUCCAAUCUGCAGCCCUGCACGGAAUAUACCUUUCGGAUAAUUUCAUAUACAGAUGCUGGGGACUUGGGUCACUCUGAGGCCAAGUGUUUCACCAACAGUGUUGAGAUACUUAACAAGAAUUCCAAUUUAGCAGUUGCCAUGAACCGUAAGAAAGAGAAUCCCCACAUUGGAGGCAGUUCUUCUAGUCCCAAAAGGGAGCUCAAUAAUACAACAGCAGAUGGUUCUUCUGGAUUUAAGGUUCGAGACCUUGGAAAGAUCCUGCGUCUUGCUUGGGCUCAAGAGCAAGGCUGCCUUGAUGGGUUUUGCAGUCCAGAGGUGGAAAAAUGCUGUGAAGUAACAAAAGUGAUCAAGCCUGAAUCUCUUGAAGAAAGGUCACCUUUUGUUUCGCGUGGGCUUGACUUGAAUGUUGUUUCAGUGCCAGAUUUGAAUGAAGAGCUCACCCCUCCAUUUGAGUCCUCCAGGGAUGAAGAUAAUGGAUGCACUUUGCAGCAGGCGGUUGAGGCAGAUGAUGACGCUGCUUCUCAUGACUUAGAGAAGAAUGGUUUCGCCAGAUCACAUGGAAGUGGCGACUCACAGACGUGGACACAUGGGCCAGCUGUGGAAGUCCCAGCUGUUGAUUCGCGGGCAGAGUUUUGCAGGAAUAGGGCUGCAAACUCUAAUGAAGAGACACAUGAUUGUGACAGCACUUUGAUAAAUGGGUCUCCAUUCCGAAACCCCAAUGGUUCAUGUUGCUUAGAUGAGAGCUUUGAGUACUGUGUGAAGAUAAUCCGACUGCUGGAAUGCAGAGGUCACAUUAAACAGGAAUUUAGAUUGAAAUUGUUAACAUGGUUUAGCUUGAGAUCAACAGAACAAGAACGUAGGGUGGUCAACACAUUCAUUCAAACACUGAUGGAUGAUCCGAGUAGCUUAGCAGGCCAGUUGGUUGACACCUUUUCAGAUGUUAUAUACAACAAGAGGCAACGAAACGGAUUCUGUAGUAAGCUGUGGCAUUAAAUAAGGGCACAGCAGUCUGAUUUACAGGAUUGUUAAUUUGCUUCAUGUUUAAUUUUUUUCCUGCGAUAAUUUAGCCCUGAUUGUUUUCGCCGUUCUUUAUACAGGCAUUUUUUCUUAGUCACCAUCAGAAGUGAUUCAUUUUUAUCACGGUUGUCCGGCUAAAAGAUUUGAGUUGCUGAUUGCGGAGACAGUUCCUGAUGAUUCUUGGAAGGGGGGGGCCUAGCACUUAAGGUUUCGUGCUGUAGAAGGCAUAUUCCAUUUCCUAUUUUAUUCUAAUUACAUUGAAGUAGCUGCAUUAUUCAAUCAUGGAGGAUACAUGUAUAAUUACUUCAUCAUUUUCCCUCUUUAAAUUAAAGAAGGGUACAUGGAAUCGAUCCUGAAUUUACAUGAUUAAGUUAUCUUCUUCGUUGUCAUA